ACUAGUCUUGUUUUCUUGCCAGUGCAAGUACACACAUACACACAUGCUUAUGUUCACCUACACACACCUAACAAACACAGACAUUGUUUAGCUGUAGUUGUUCACAUCUUUUUUUUUUUUCUUAUUUACAGCAACUUGAGUGUGACUUUAGAAGACGUUCCUGGAUCUGUAACCUGUCCGUGACUCACACAGAUACAGACAGACCUGCAUUACCCCGUCACUUUUUUGCCUGCAUUUAUGCAAACCAGUGACCGUACAAAAGGGGAGCCAUUUGCUGAAAAAACUACGGGUAUGUCUGUGGACGAUCUUGGGCUGUCUCCGCGGCGUUUAGUGAGACUGCCUGAAACUGCAGACUCCUCCUCCCUGGGGCAUCGCAAGCCAAGUGCUGUGGAGCGCCUGGAGGCUGACAAGGCAAAGUAUGUUAAGAGCCAGCAAGUGGCACUCAACAAGCAGCUGCCAAUCAUCCGACAGCCCUUAAUGCCAUCCAGCAACAGCAGGCAGCUUCGGCCUGGUGCUCCACAACCAAUGCGCAGAGUGGCUGCUCGCCCCACAUCCAAACCCGAGGCGGCACCACUUAACUUGGAACACCUGAAUAGCCUGAUUAAUGGAUUCCGUGAUACACUUGCACCCUCCAAUAGUUUGCAAAGGGAAAAGCCUGGAAAAAGUCAAGGUUCUGCAGGAGGCAGUGCAUCUCAACUUUCCUCCCAGACUUUGAGUGCAGACGAAGAGCAUUUUGUCAAUUCUGGUUCAUCUCCAACACCCCAAAAGAAAGCAUUAGAUGGCCUUGCGACUAACAGGUCUUCUAGUACGGUAACAGUACGGCGAGUUGAUGUGAGGCCUCAGUUAAUGAUGUCGCCGAUGAGGAAGCCAUGCCGAGCACAGCUACCUAGGCAGCGCGUCCACUCGGAGCUUUUGCAGCUGCUCAGGCCGUACACUCAGACUUCCCCUCCACCAAAGCCUUUUCAGCCGAUCAAAAGCCGACAUGACAUAAUGAACUUUUCCAAUCCUGUGAAAUCCCCUGUAAGCCCAGUGAAGCCUGAAUUGUUCUCUGCUGAACCCCUAACUCCUGCCUUACCUUCCCCUGAUGAAUCUCCAGAAGAACCAAGUGAACAAGUGUCUCCUACUUCAGCCCAAGACUCCCUCCCACCUCCAUCCCCUGCUGUCACCAACAAGUCCUCUGUUAGCUCCAGGAAACGACGGUCGCUAACGCGUUCCAAAUCAGAUGUGAGUGACCGUUUCUCCCGUGUUGGUGCCGAUGUUGAGCGUUUCUUUAACUACUGUGGCCUUGAACCAUCGGACUUUGGAGACCUGACGCCUGGUUCGGACAUUGCAUCCAUCUCGCACCUGCGUAGUGCUAGUGCCCCCCCAUCAGAGUGCACAGCUGAAGGAGAUGAAGAGGAGGAGGAACCAGUCAAAAAUGAGAGGCCCAGCUAUGGCAUUUCAGUCAUAGAAAAAAAUGCACGGGUGAUCAAGUGGCUGUAUGGAAUGCGCCAAGCCAAGGACAGCACAAAAGUGGCUAACAUUUAGCUUGACCAAGUUGACCUAAGGUUGUACAUGUGGAGUAAAAGGUUGGGUAUGUAGUUCAUAAUUCAGAAAAUUUUAGGCAAUAUUUAGUGAAGUUCUUUUCACGUUCCAUUAUCUCCUGUCUCUGAUGUCUGUAAACUAGCUAAAAAGCAAAUAAUAUGGACCACAAACAUCCAACCAAUCAGAACAAGGAGGUGUGUCUGCUUCCUUGUCAGUCAUGUUGCCUGUCAUUGUUCCAUGGAUGUAGCUUUGGAGGAAAAACUGUUGGCAGGGUCUGUAUUUGUUAGGGUUUUAAGUAUCAAAACAGCUAGCUGCUGCUAAUUUUUGCUAAAACUACUGACUGCACCUUUAAUAUCAGGUGCCUUGUAGUUUCUGUUACAGGUUUCUAUUAUGUUAUCACAGUCUAUAUAGAGCACUAAGAAAAAGGCUCGAGAGCUAUCAAGAUACAUGCCAUGUCUGCUGCUGUAGAAGUAAUUGGGUAUUCAACAUUUUGAUUAACUAGAGAUUGAUUUAUACAAAGUGUGGCUAUCAAAUAAUGAGACGAAUGCUGUAAUUCAAUUUAAAUGAAGAAAACAUGCAUUUCAACUCCUUUUCCCAUUCAACAUAUUACCCUUAUGCAACUACACACCACUAUAUUCUGGUCUUCAUCUGAUCAAAGCAGUGCAGUAGGUCUUCUGUUAGUUGUCUCAGAAGCUGCGUCGUUUUUCAGGGGGUUAGGCGCCUUGCUCAAGGGCACUUCAGCCCAAGACCGCUCCAUGUUAAGCUAACCUUUGGACUGUGUGUGUGGGGGGAUGGACACCCGGAGGAAACCCACGCAGACACGGAAAGAACGUGCAAGCUCCACACAGAAAGGCCCCCCGUCAGCCACUGGGCUUGAACCCAGAACCUUCUUGCUGUGAGGUGACAGUGCUAACCACUACACCACCGUUUUGUAGCAGUGCAGACUUGAUUUUAGGGAAAAGUCGCUGGUACCAGAUCAGGUGAAUAGGCAGGGUAGUCAAGUGCUGCAAUGAGUUUCUCCAUCUAAAGUUGCUUCACUGAGAGUGCCAGAUAUGCUGGCAUGUUGUUUCUUCAGUUUUACCAAGCAUUUCAAAUCGAUGCUUUGCUCAAUUUUUGUUGAACUGACCAUUUCUACAAUGCAUCAGAAAAACGCGUCGUCAAACAAUGUAUACGGGGGUGUCGUGGCUCAGGUGGCUAAGGCGCCAUACCAUAAAUUCGGGGACCCGGGUUUGAUUCCGACCCGAGGUCAUUUCCCGAUCCCUCCCCGUCUCUCUCUCUCCCACUCAUUUCCUGUCCUGUCUUUACACUGUCCUGUCCAAUAAAGGUGAAAAAAGCCCAAAAAUAAUAAUAAUAAAAAACAAUGUAUACUCUCUCUUUUAAGGGGUUGUUUAUGCUUGCCUAUUGGUAAAGGUCUACCAUGUGGUUUGCACUAGUCUUGUUAUUUAAUAGUCACACCUCGUACAUGUCUGUGUAUGAGGUUUUUUUUUUUUUUUGGUGUAUUAGUCCCUUCAAUAUGAGAAAUAAUGAUCCUGUAAUGUAUAACCACCCAAAAGUGUGUGUGUGUGUGUGUGUGUGUAUGUCGUUUGCAUUCAAGUGUUAAGUGUGCAUGGUUCAGCUCAGUAAUAUUUGCCCCCUCAUCAGAUCUUUCUAACACAUUUUCUUCUCUGUACUGAGUACAGAGAUGCACAGAUUAUCCAUGUUGACUGAUGGAUUGUCGUCAUGCAUAAAAUAAAUAAAAUUAAACUAAUAUUGA